AUGAGCCCCAGUGACACCGCAGGGGACAAAGACAAGUCAUCCCCACCGAACUCUGUCCAACUGCCUGACGGACCCAAUCAUUUAAAAAAAUACAGAACCCUGGAAGUCAUCAGUAACGUCAUCAAAACUGUAGGAACAGCCCCAAGUGGAGCCCACACAGAGCCCUGGACCUUCGUGGUUGUGAAGGACCCAAACAUGAAGCACAAGAUUUGGGAGAUCAUUGAGGAAGAAGAGGAAAUCAACUACAUGAAAAGGAUGGGACAGCGCUGGGUAUCAGACUUGAAGAAGCUGAGAACCACUUGGAUUAAAGAGUACCUGGACACGGCUCCUGUUCCCAUCCUCAUUUUCAAACAAGUGCAUGACUUUGCCACCAAUGGCAAGAAAAAGGCCCACUACUACAAUGAGAUCAGCAUCUCCAUCUCUUGUGGGAUCCUCCUAGCUGCUUUGCAGAAUGCAGGCCUGGUAACAGUCACCACCACCCCUCUCAACUGUGGCCCCCGCCUAAGGAUGCUACUGGCCCGACCCCACAAUGAAAAACUGCUGAUGCUGCUCCCUGCGGGGUAUCCCAGCAAAGAAGUCACCAUCCCCAACCUGAAACGGAAGCCCCUGGACCAGAUCAUGGUUAUCCUGUAGUCAGAUGAGCAGCAGGAAGAUGCUGGAAGGUGUUGCCCCCUGCUACCUACCCCUGUUGCCCUUGAGUCUAUGGGAUGCUCCUUCUUGGGGUGUCAGAUUUCCCCAAACUACACUUUACAGGGUGGCCAUGGUGUGUGCGUGUGUGUGUGUGUGUGUGUGUGUGUGUGUGUGUGUAAGAACCUUUACACCCUCCCCCCAGCACUUUGAGUGUGAGAAGUCU